AGGACGCUCUGUUCUAUAAGCCGUGUACGUCGCGAAGUCGUUGCGAGUGACUCUCGUCUUUGGUUUUUAAUUUUGAAUUUUUAUAUUGACUGUCGAAUUUGCCUUUAUCGUUGGACGAUACGUGAGCAACUUUGGGUGUAAUGAAGACAGAAGAAUCAAUUGUCAGUACACAGAUGCAAAACGACGAAGACAGAGAUCGUAGUAGAGAGCGAGAUCGUAAUCGACGUUCGGACAGGCAGAAUCGUAUAAAUUCUGGUAGCCGUGAUCGUAGCAGAGACCGCAAUGAUCGAGGUGGCCGGAAGGUUUCCGAAAGACGAAUCUACGUUUCGAAUAUCCCCUACGAUUACCGUUGGCAAGAUCUUAAGGAUUUAUUUAGAACAGAGGUUGGUAAGGUUGCACACGUCGAACUCUUCACGGAUGAAAACGAGAAACCAAGGGGCUGUGGAAUCGUUGAGUUUGAGGAUGCCGAUUCGGUGAAGAUUGCAGUAGAUAAAAUGCAUCGCUUUGAUAUCAAGGGUCGAAAGCUGGUUGUUAAAGAGGACUUUGAUGUUGAACGUGAUAAAUACGGUCGUUUAGCAACAUCGCGAAACAAUGACAGAGGACGCGACGAUAGGUUUAGAGAUCCUCCACGACCAAGUGGUAUACGACAGAAUAUGUCAAAUCCCAGUGGUGGUGGUAGUGGCGGUGGCGGUGGUGGUGGCGGUGGUGGCAGUGGCGGAGGUGGAGGCGGUGGCGACAAUAAAUUUGGAAACACUUAUGGCUUAAGCACUCAAUUUCUUGAGUCUCUUGGCAUUAACGGUCCAUUGGUUACUCGAGUGUUCGUUGCAAACUUGGAUUACAAGGUGGAUGAAAAGAAACUGUUGGAAGUAUUCAAACUUGCUGGAAAAGUACUGCACGUAGAGCUGGGCAAAGAUAAAGAUGGAAAGUCACGGGGUUUCGGAGUGGUGGAAUAUGAUCAUCCGGUCGAGUCGGUUCAAGCUAUUUCCAUGCUUCACAACCAACAACUGUACGAUCGGCGUAUGACGGUUCGACUCGAUAGAGCUAACGAACCCGAUAUGCCACCUAAAUUACCCGAAGGUUUGAAAGGAAUCGGUAUGGGUCUCGGAGCAGGUGGCAACAGACUGAUGGAUGUUGCUAGAAACAUACCGAACAUACAACCAAACAAUCCACCUGUUGUAAAUCCCAUCUCUGCACCUGUACUUACUUCGGGUGCCUUUGGUGGUGGAUUGAACGUCGUACCAGCUCAGUUAGCAUCUGCAUUGUCGAACACCAAUGCAGCGGCCCUCCAAGCAAGCCUGGCCAGUGGCUUGGGUGCCAAUCUCGCCACCACGACUCUUCUGAAUCCAUCGUUGACAAGCGAGUUAGCGUCGAAUCUCAACAACUUCGGUGGCGGAGUCGGCGGACUUUCCAGUUUACAAGCCUCCCUCGCGGGAGGGCAAGCAAAUAACUCGUUCGCUCCUCGAGGCCUAUCGAAAUUGGAUAAUGACGUAGGGUUCGGUGGUAGCAAUGCCUUCGGAGGUUCGAACUUCGGCGGUGGCAGGGAUUUCGACGGUAACUUCGGCAGAGGUGACGGAGAUCGAGUUUCCAGCGGAGGUGCCGUUUUUUCUACCAAUCAGGGGCAAUCGGGCAUGGGAAGCAGGCAGAACUCGAACGGACAGAGGCCUUCGUCCGACACCAUUAUCAUCGGAAACCUGCCUCCCAACACGACGUGGCAGAUGCUGCGAGACAAAUUCCAGGAAGUCGGAGAAGUCAAAUUCGCGGAGAUGCGAGGCACCGACAUGGGAAUGGUGCGCUUUGCAUCCGAGUGGGACGCGGACCGUGCAGUCAGCAUGAUGAACCGAUCGCGUCUCGACGGCAGGACAAUCGACGUUCGCAUAUAUUAGAGGUUUGAGGCUAGGAGUUAAGGUAAAAUGCUCUAAAAUGAGAGAGAAAACCCCUAAGCGAUCUUUCUUCGCACUUACGAAACAGCUUAGCCAUUAAUUGUCCGGCCAUCGCAACGAGGCAGAGAUUGGGACAAAAUUGAUGGCGAUAGUUUCCGAGUGACGAAAGUUUGUACAUUAUCGAGGUAUCGCGGAGGAAGCUGACCGCCGUUGGGGCACGGGAAGGAGUCCGUUUCUCGAGGGAUCAUCGUUCGUUGUGCUUUAUUCGUUUCGACGUGUGUUUCGUUCGGCACUUGGUCGACGCCGAAGUUCACGAUUAAAGUCCAUUUAACGCGCCUGCCAUCGCUCCUGUCUUUCUCAUGGGUGUCAUCGACGUCGUUCGGCCGGUACUAUUAUUUCCCCCAGUGAUCGACGAAGCGAUUAGUCUUAGGUUCGUAACGUUCUACAUAAUUAACAGGUUUUCAAUAUGUAGGUUAUCAUAAUCACAGUAACAUGUAGUAGACCUAAGUUGCUUCUUAUCGUGACGACAAAAGAGAGAGAGAACGAGAAAGAGAGCAUGCGGCUGCAGUUCGUUGGAGUCCUUUUACUGGAGUUUUGGGUUUGACGUAUGAAACACUUCGGGAAGAACGUGCAGAUUGGUUUCGCGGCGAAUUAUAUCUCUUCGUCCAUCGGGACAUACUCGAAGCACUAUCUUGUACUAUCCGGAACUAGUUUUUGUCACUCCGACGAGGCGACGUAUCGUCCAAUCCACUCGAAUGUGUGCUCGUGGCCCCUCUCGUGCUUCCGUUUGGAACGUUGCUCGACGAGUCUACGUGUGGAUGCAAAAUGAUGGUUUACUUUUUUUAUUCCCUAUCGCCGAAGAAUCGUGUACCCUUCGCCAGAAUGGAUCGGCGACUGUCCACUCGUGUCACGAGAAGACACGUUCCGGUCUUUCUCUUUCCUUGAAAUAUCUUUUUGUUUUUGUUUUUUUCUCUUACUCUCUCUCGUCAAGGGGACGUCGAAGUCGUGAUUCCGUCCGAAGUCGGCGGGCCUCCUUGUCGAAAUUCGCAUGCGGAAUCGCCCGGCUCGAGUUCGCCAAAAGUCUUCGCUCGGAGAAAGACCAAGAUCGCCCGAUCGGCAAAGGGUGACGUCUUCGACCUCUGACUGCUGACCCUUCUCUCGUCGACGUACUUCCCUCUCGUCUCGGGUAGACCUAUCUCGAGGAGAACAUUUCCGUCAACUGUAUAAGACUCUUGUAUUACCACGCGUCAUGACAGUGAUUGAAUAAAAUUCAGUUUCAAUUUGA